UGGGAAUAUCCUGAGUUGCUGUUCUACUUUGUUCUAUUUUAUAUUUAUUGUUAUCUCUCGUACUUUGUUAAGGAUCAUUGCCAAUAGACCAAAACGCGUUUCUCAAACCAACAACAGAAUUAGCUCAAUGAGAAAGAGUGAUCGGUAAUUCUCCUGUGGCUAUUUUAAUGGUCGCAUAAAUUCAACUGAGUUAUUUAAUAAUUGUGCGUAUGCAGGCAAUUUUUUUAACUAGGUUUGGUUAAAACUAUAAUAGAACUUUUAUCGAUUUUGCUUUCCCUCACAUAAACCAGUUUCCUACCUAUAUAGUUCUUGGGCUCAAGUUAACUCUGAAAACUCAAGUAUAUUUCCUCAUUUUCCAAAUUGAACAUUUCUUUGUGCUUCGAAGAAAAGAAACUUCCACUUUAGUGAAACGAUAUACAAAAGGAAGAGGGUCCGGCUUAAGAAUCCCUUCAACAAGUCGAGUGAAUCAUAAAGAUCUUAAGCACAAUGCAGUUGCACAAACUCCACAAUCUGACCACGCCUAGUCACUUGAAAGUUACCGACUCAAAUAUCUCUAAAAAGUCCUCAAGUACUACUUUCCGUGUCCACUGGUAUCUGCAUGGAAUACGGAAACUUAUCCAAACUUCCUGCGUUACUUGAAAAGAUGUCACUACGAGCAAAAUCUCGUACCUUCCGAUAGUUGGAAACAUCAGGUUGAUGGGUUCGAAAAAUGAAACUUUCAUCUCAAAAAAGGUCUUUUUGAGGAACAAAGUUCGAUCACAUCAACUCUGGCAAAAUUUCAAAGACAGUCUGUACAAUAUGCCAUUCACAAGAAGUGCUUUGGGAAUCGUUUUGUUACUACUUGUAGCAGUAUUAUGGGUUUCUUCGAGUUUUCUUAUUCAGUACAUUUUCGGAAAAGUAAACUACGAUAAACCUUUAUUUCUUACGUAUAUUUCAACCUCUUUCUUCUCCCUCUACUUGAUUCCAAUUUUCUGCAACUGGCUUUGCUGUGAGCACAAGACUAAACUGGUUCCUGGUACCAAUAGAACCCGUUGCUAUGAGGAAGAAACUGUAGUGAAUAUUUCAAAAGAGGAAAUCUUCCAGACAGCAGAAGCAUCUACUUAUUCUUUUCGUGACGAAGCGUCAACAGUACCACAGCAAGACUUUGGAAUAUCAAGUCGUUCCACGUUGAAAAACUAUGCCUUGAAUAUUCUGCAGUUUGGUUUACUUUGGCUAACAGCCAACUAUGUUUUUAAUUUGGCUUUGGAUCGAACUUCUGUUGCUUCCAAUAGUAUCCUAUCUACUCUUUCCAGUGUAUUCACGUUGUUUCUUGCUGCAUAUUUUCGUGUAGAAAGACUGUCCUGGGUUAAAUUUUUAUACGUUCUUCUUAACUUUGUUGGAGUUGUCUUUGUUACGUGGUCAGAUAAUGCUUCGCGUGGAAGUCGUACCCUUAUCGGUGAUUUUUUCAGCAUUUUUUCAGCACUGUUUUAUUCAUUCUAUGUCUUAUUUUUGCAAAUAAGAUUACUGCAUUCUAGUCCUUUAGAUAUUUCGGAAUUGUUCGGCUGGAUGGGACUUGUUAUGAUGAUAUGUUUGCUUCCCAUCAUAUUUUUAUGGAAUAUUUUGGGCUUUGAGAAACUGGCUCUUCCUUCCUUCCAAUCUUUUUUAUUUUUGAUUAUGAAUGCUUUGAUAGGAACUGUAUUAUCAGACUAUUUAUGGGCAUUGGCAGUCGUCUUCACCAGUCCUGUGUUGGCCACCAUGGCAUUAUCAUUAACUAUUCCGUUGUCAACUAUGGUAGAUACUUUGCAGGGCAAAACUCUCUUCUCUUCAAUAUAUAUGUUAGGGGCGCUUUGUGUCUUUUCAGGUUUCGUAGGUCUUGCCUGGGAGAAUCGCAAAGAAGAAAUGUCUCGAGAAGAAAUACCUGCCCAAAUCUAGUCUUCUGUUGAUUAAUUCUUU